CCAUGUCGCUCAAUAAGUGCAAUCAGUCGCGUGUAGGCGUCAACUGGAGAAGUGACGCGACCAGACGCGUCCAGGGCGGGCCGAUAGCGGGGCCUCGGUGAUGAACGGGAAGGAAGUCACCGCCCAGGUUCUGCCACGCGACGGUCCACGCUUUGAGUGAUUUAUUAUUGUUGCGCGCAAUUACUUUCUUCACCGGCAUCGCCUUCCACGCGCAAACACACACAAACACACCUACACACACACAAUACUCGACAUAGACGUUAGAAGCCUCUCCGACCACAGUUCCCACAAGCUCAUAAUCGCAUCACCACAAGCACUCUACGAUCGCAAUCACCCGCAUCGCAUACUCAAGAUGGACUACAUACUCGACAACGUGGGCGAGUGGAAGGACCGCCUGGUCAACAACUCCAUCAAGUCCUUCGAAGAGAUGACCGCUCAGCGUUGGGUCCGCAUUAUCGCUAUCGUCGGCGCAUACCUCCUCAUACGGCCAUACCUACUCAACGCCGCUGCCAAGAAGCAGAAACAACAGCUAGAGAAGGAAGCUGAAGAUCUGGGCCUGGGCAAGAGCGAAGCACUAGACGCGAAUGACUUCAGGGGUAGCGGCGUUCGGGUGAAGAAGGGAGAAGCGAAGAAGAAGGAGUAGUGGCUGCGUACGAGAAACGAACACGUGUGACAUAGGAGAUGGUAAUACGAUUGAAUUUUGGGCAAGAAUAAUGUUGGUGGAGAGUAAUAGAAGGAGAUGGCGGGCCAUCUGGCGAGAGAAUUUAGACAUGCCGUUGCGCUACGCUUUCCUAAGGACCAGAGGCUCGACUCGGCGAAGGAAUUCUUCUUCAAGAACGCGACUGCUGAGGGAUUCUUCCCAUACAGUAUGGGUGAAGAGCUGAAGAUACAAUUGAGAUUUGUCCAAGGAAUUUAUGUUCCGCGUAGUGCCCCCAAAGCAUUUCAUUCUGAUACAAGCGAGAAGCUUGUGAACUAAGCCAUUAUAUCCACAGCAAACUGUGAGCGCCACUAGCAAACCAGUAUUAACGUGGCAAAAGACAAGUAGAGUAGUGUUGGUUCUCGUGAGUCUUGUGAUAGCACCACAAUCUUAUGUUUAGUUUUAUUGGUCCACAUCUAGUAUACAGUAUGAC